GUGAGUGUGUGUGUGUAGGGAGUGGCAGACACGGAGAUAUCGCAUGCCGGCAGACACGCGAGUGAUUUUCAUUCAAAGGAAAGCGUGAAGUUGCUCAGGCGACUCCGGUUAGGAUUUUUAUAACUACUGGACUUUCUGAGUCCUACAGAUAAAAUGGAGAAAGAGCGACACACUGUCUGAACCUACAUCUAGUGCUUCGUGGAAUAUUGCCCUCUCCCUCUCUAGUGGACACCAUGAACAUGCUGAAGUCAAGCGGCCUUAAGAUCCCUGGGAGGGGUCCAAAGCACUCCAGCCCGGUGGGAAGAACCACUACGGGGCCACCAUCCUCCCCUGCACCUCAGAAAGACAAUGUUCCUCACAAACAGCCCUUGCCGGCCCAGAGCAGCAGUGCAUCAGACAAGUCGAGCUCCAAAGCUUCAGAGGUGGGUGACGAGGUGCCAAGUGACUUUUCGCUGGGUGAGCGUGUAUGGGUGAACGGCGUGAAGCCAGGCCGCGUGGCAUAUCUCGGGGAGACUCAGUUCGCCCCGGGUCAGUGGGCCGGAGUCGUUCUUGAUGAACCCGUGGGCAAGAACGAUGGCUCAGUGGGCGGCGUGCGCUAUUUCGAAUGCCAGCCUCUCCAGGGUAUCUUCACACGGCCCUCCAAACUCACGCGCCUGCAGGCAGCUGAAACUGGAGAUGCUCACCCUGCAGACCCGCUUGCUGGACCCAACUGCCAGACAGGCACCGGAGCCCAACGUGUGGUGGUGCCUCUGCGAGAGGGAAUACUAAGCAGUGCAACUAAGACGGGCAACGAGUCCGGGUCCAACAUGUCUGACAGUGGUUCAGUGAAGAAAGGGGGAGAGAAGGAUCUGCGAGUGGGAGACCGGGUGCUGGUGGGCGGCACGAAGACGGGCGUGGUGCGCUAUGUGGGCGAGACAGACUUUGCCAAGGGCGAGUGGUGCGGCGUGGAGCUGGACGAGCCUCUAGGGAAGAACGACGGUGCCGUGGCUGGGACCAGGUACUUCCAGUGCCCACACAAAUUCGGCCUUUUUGCCCCCAUCCACAAAGUGAUCCGCAUCGGCUUCCCAUCCACAAGCCCAGCUAAGGCCAAGAAAAGCAAGCGUGUAGCCAUGGGAGUGUCGUCGCUGGCUCACAGCCCCAGCAGCUCAUCCAUCAGCUCUGUCAGCUCCGUGGCCUCCAGCGUCGGCGGCAGGCCCAGCCGCACAGGCCUGUUGACGGAGACAUCGUCACGUUACGCGCGUAAGAUCUCCGGCACCACCGCACUGCAGGAAGCGCUAAAAGAAAAGCAGCAGCACAUCGAACAGCUCCUGGCCGAGCGUGACCUGGAGCGAGCCGAAGUGGCCAAGGCCACCAGCCACAUCUGCGAGGUGGAGAAAGAGCUGAACACAAUCAAAGCCCAACAUAUGCAGUACAUAACAGAGACGGAGAGCAACCUGCAGCAAGUGCGCACCCUACUGACCAGUGCGCAGAGAGACAAAGUGGAACUAGCCAAUCAGCUCGAAGAAGAGAAAAGGAAAGUGGAGGACCUUCAGUUCAGGGUGGAGGAGGAAUCCAUCACCAAAGGGGAUCUCGAGACUCAGACCAAACUGGAGCAUGCCCGUAUUCGGCAGCUCGAGCGGAAUCUGCGUUUGGAAAAGUCCAAAGCAGAGAAGCUUCAGAAAGAGUUAGAGCUGGUAAACCAAACCACGGUUGAGGAGAAGAGCCGAGUGAUGCUACUGGAGGAGGAAUUAACCCUGUGCAAAGCCGAGGUAGAUGAGCUCCAAGCCCGCCUGCGGAGAGCCUCGUCUUCCGUAGUGGAAGGUGGAGAUGUGAUUUCAAACUCGGAGGCUCUCGUUCUCCGAGAACGUCUUGAAUAUGCCCGCCGCGAGGAGAGCAGCCAGCUACGUGAACGUUACGAAGCCAUGCUCAGCACCAGCCGGCAAGAAACCGAACGCUUCAAGGCCACCACAGAGCGGCAGACAGCGGAAAUCACAAAACUUCGCCAACGACUCCAACAGGCCACACGUGAAAACAUGGAGAUGAUGGACAGCUGGAAGGCCAAGUUGGACACCCUGGUUGGAGACCACCAACGUGCCCUGGAGGAGCUCAAAUCCUCUAUGAUCAGUGGUUCCAAAGUUUCUGAUAGCAGCGGUGGAGAUGGAGAUGGUCCCACACCUGAAAUGAGGGCCACCGUUGAGAGCAUGAGGAUGGAGCAGCAGCUGGAGGUUGAGAACCUCAAGGCCAGGCAUGAAAUUGAAGUUGCCGUGCUGGCCAAAGAACGUGAGGAACUUCGAAACAAGGUCCAAGAACUAGAAGAUAAGCUAGAGGAGAGUGAAGAGAAUGGCAGAAGCAACCAAGAGCUCAGCGAGUCCACAGAGAAGCUUCAGGAGGCCGAACUGAAGGUCACCAGGUUGAGAGAGCGGCUAGAAUUGGCUGAGAAAAAAAUGGCUGACUACGAGGCUCUGCAGAACGCUGAAGCACAAAGCAGAGCCGAGAUCCGAGAUCUGCAGGAGAAGCUGAGGGUUAGCGAGAACCAACUGCAGGCUGUCAAGGCGGAUCGGAUCGGCCAGGACGUCAACAUGAUAGAAAACAAUGACAACUCUGAAGAGAAGAUUCAAUUAAAGCAAAACAUGGAAGAAACUUUGGAAAAACUGACAAAAAGGGAAAAAGAGGUUUCCACACUUACUACACAAGUAGACGACCUCAAAACACAGAUAACAGCUUUGGAGAAUAAAGUCCGUGUGGGGGAGAGAAAGGCGGACGGCCUCCUCAGAGACAAGACGCGUCUGGAGGCGGAGCUGGAGGCCAUCACCAAGAAAUCCCACGACGCAUCAGGCCAGCUGGUGAUCAUUAGCCAGGAACUUUUGAAGAAAGAGAGGAGUCUGAACGAGCUGCGCGUCUUGCUGUUGGACUCACCGCGCCACUCGCCCGGCAUGGACCGUGACCUGAGCCGCGAGGUGCACAAGGCUGAGUGGAAGAUGAAGGAACAGAAGCUGCAGGAUGACAUCAAGAGCCUGAGGGAGAAACUGCUGCUUCUGGGCCGUGAGAGAUCAUCACCUGACCAUCGCCGAUUCUCUAUGAUGGAGGCGUCAGGGUCGGACGCGGAGGUGGCGCGUCUACGCCAGCGUCUCUUGAGUACCGAAGAAGCCUUGAGGAAUGCACUGGAUCACAACCAGGAGGUGGACCAGCUAGUGCAAGCCAUGCGUACAGGACCUGAUAAGAGCCAGGUGUACAGCAGCGCAAAUUCGGCAAACGGGAUCCAUCAACAAGAUGCUACCUUCAUGGAAGAGGGACAGCACUGAUGUUGGCAGUCUUGAAGCAACAAUCAUCCAUUUAGGGAAAAAUCGGAUGUACGGAGGUACGCUGGCAAAAAAAAGAAAAAAAGAAAAGAACGAAAACCCCCGAGAUGUCUGACACUUAGACCUCGGGUUUACGUCUCAUCGGACAGCUUUGUGUUGUUUUCACAGUUAGCACCAAGCCGACGAAACGAAACUGCAUCCACUUAGCAAACAUGUAUGUAAACCAGUUUGUGAUGCUGUCUAAAACAAAACAACAAAGCAUUAUCUUCAAAGCGGUACAUUAUGGUUAUGGUUUAAGCCUCGGAACCACCGGUCCACCUUGUGCCUGUGCUACCUCCAGUAUUGGACGAUUCAUCCGAGGGAACAAAGAAAAAAGCAGCUUGAGACCUCCAUGAAGCUAAGCGUUGUAGUCUGAUUGGCCAGGAUGCAGUUUGAGUCAACCUUUUGGCCUUGAUUUCUACUUUAAUUUAUUUGCCUUUUAUGCUGCCGGAGUUAGAUGGAGCAGUCAUUUUGACUUUAUUUUAUUUGCCUCGAAAGACUUGCUACCGUCCCUUAGCCUCUGUAGUGAAUGUCUAAAUAAAAGGGGAUGGGAUGAUUCCA